UAUAAUUCCCAAGAUCACCAUUAUCACCAUGAUUAUCCUGAAUCCCAUAGUCAGUAUUCCCAUUCGGAAUCGAUCCACUGUCAUUCCCACUUCAAAGAGGAUCAUCACAAUGAUGACCACUCAAGCCCACUUCGCCAUUCUCCAGUUGGCCAAAGGUCUACUUCUCCACAUUCCACUAAAUCGAAUUCAUCAGCUAGCUCCGCUGUCCACGAUGACCAAUCCACAGUGAGCUACCAAGCAACAUCCCCAUUCCCAAAAGAAACUGACUCAGAAUUGGAGAGGUUAAUAAUGUUACAGGAGCAGAAUGAGGUUCUCCACCACAGCCUGCUGCAGACUACUGUGCGAAUGGAAUGCAUGGGAGCAGAGUUCAAAACCGGUCACCAGCUCCUUGAGUCUGAGUUACAAAGAACUCGCAUAGAACUUAACAGCCUAAUGGACCGGUUCACAAGGAAAAUCCUGAGGGAACCCAUGGUGAAUUCUCUACUGGGUUUGAGGACUACAAACGGAACAGCUCUAUUUGCGGAACAACACUUUACACUUCAGGACAACUACUCCAGCACACAGCAAACCAACCACCUUCUGGAGAAGAAAUUGCAUUGUGUGGCACAAAGCAUGGAUGGAGAGCGUGAGCGACUGAACCAGCGUGUCUCACAGCUCACAGAACAGCUUUCUGCAGCAAAGACAACCAUCCAAAGUCUGGAAACCAUUAAUGUGACAUCGAUGCUACAGGAUGCCCUGGUGAAGCACUUGAAAUCUGAUGAUCCCAUCACUCCACUACCAGUGGCCCCACCUCCAGCUCAGUUCAUGGAUAGUGACCAUUAUGACAAAAGGGAUGACCAAUCAUUGGGCACGCUCCCAGAAGAGGAGGAAUCCGAUUGGUCAGAAAUGGGGGAGGAGGCUUUAAUGGGUUCACAGGGAACUCAUGAAAACACUUAUUUUCAAUGGCAGCAGAGGCAAGGUUGCUGGGAGGGGGCAAAUCAGUAUGGGAGGGAGUAUGCCGACACAGAAAGUGAAUCUGGGGGUGAGGAGAACAAAACUCACCAACCUCUUCAUGGCCUACAGAUACCACAUCUCAAGUUUACUGUUCACCCCGAAACCUUGCCGGUUCCCAUCGCAGACGUCAGCCUAGCCCGUUUCAAGCAGAGUCCAGAUGGUCCAGCAUCCGAGAGCUACCAGAUCACAGAGGUACGUAAUCUGGGCUCCCCCAUUCGCGUCCUCUCUGCUAGUCUCGAAGAGAUCCACUCCAUUGGGCUGCUGAAGAUGCAGGAUGAUCAUGGCCAGCUGAGGUCUAAUAAAUCCAUGAUGGACCUCCACCAUACACAGGUUGGCACCAGACAGGCCUCGUAUGUGGAUGAUAUUGUUUGUAAUUGGAGAGAAGCAAACAGCCAGGGCUCUGGAGAGGAUGUCAGUGGUAUGGUUGGUCUUGAGUCUGCUCAAAAAAUGCUCAACCACUUCAUCCAUGACGGGGAGAGUACACACUUGUGAUACAAGAGUAUGCAGAAGUAAAUUUGUGGAUGGUGAAUUUGUCAUAGUAUAAAUGAUGGUAAGUAAAAGUGAAGCAAAAUAGGUCAGAUACUUUGGAAACCUAUAUUUUAUUUAUGAUUCACAAGAUGGAAAAAACUCAAUCUUUUCCUUUACGAUUAAAUUAAAGAAGAAAAGACAGUUUUCACAUUGAAAUGUGUAGUGGUUCUCAAUUAGUUUUGUUUCAGGACCCUGAAUUUACAUUGGACCUAUAGUAGUGACCAAAAACAGAUAUAAACAAAACCCAUUUUUAAUGUAGUCUAGGUUAUUUUUUCUUUUACCUUGCAUGGUUUUGAUAAUGGUGUUCCAGGAUGAGGGCAUGUCACACAGUCUGUCCACGUUGGCAUCUGCUUCAUUUGGCUACAUUCUACCAAGAUGAUGACAGAUGAAUACAGUAGAGUUUGACAGCACACACAUCCUGUAACAGCAAAAACAUCAUAUAUUGGUUUCUGUAGCUCAACUGGUAGAGCAUAGCGCUAGCAACAUUUGAUUCCCAGGAAACACAGAAAUUGAUACAAUGUAUACCUUAAAUGCACUCUAAGUCACCUGGAAAAAAUAAUAAUAAUUAAUAAUAUAAUAAUAAUAAUAAUAAUAAUAAUUCCUUACAUUUUAUAUAGUGCUUUUCUAGUCACUCAAAGCACUCCACAUAGAAUAGGGGGAAUCUCCUCAACCACCACCAGUCAAAUGCAUAAAUGGAAAUAUUUGGGAAGCAUGUUCACUUCCCUUUAAACCUAAGAGACCCAAACAUCAAGCUUGAAGAUGUAUUUACUUUUUUCGUCCUUGAAUGUGUUUUUAGGAAGCCACUAAUUACAUUUUAUAUAUAUAUAUAUAUAUAUAUAUAUAUAUAAAUUUUUUUUUUUUUUUUUUUUUUUUUUGCUUUGAGGUGACUAUUGUGUGACUUUUAACCCACAUCAAAACUGUUGGUGUGAUAUAAUUCAGUGUCAGUUUAUGACCAUUUUUAAUAAUAUAUAAUAAUAAUAAUUUUAAUUGCUGUUAACAAAUGUUGCAUUUCUGCUAUGCUGUGUCUCUGAGGGUUAAAAAUGUAUAUGUCUAUUAAUUUUGCUAUCCAAACUGUGCAAAAGUUGGUUAUUUAUUUAUUUAUUUAUUUAUUUUUGCAUUGAGCCUUGGUUUCCCCUUGCUAUCUGAAACCCAAUCGUGCAACCUAUUUUGGGCUCACGAUCCACCAGUUGAGAACCAUUAUAUUCUUUAUAGCAAAACGGAUUCUAAUGUACUGUACAUAUGCUGAUUUGUUAUUAUGUUUAAGUUAUGAAGUAUUCAUUUUUGAGUUAGCUCUCUAAUGUAUAGCCAAAACAAAGGACUUUAAAGGUUGUUCUGUUUACCUUUAGAUCCUUCAGAUCAAAGAUAUUUUAUAUAGUCUCUCUCAGCACCAAUGGGAUCCACACUGAUGUACUGUAGAUCAACAGCAAACAUGGCUAUGGGAAUUUGAUUUUAACCUUUUGUUCACCCUUAGAAAAUCCUACUCUCUUUUGCUACAAUCCUGUGUAGUCUGAGUAAAGAUUUUGGGUUUGGUAUAGAAUGACAAAAUACUGCUAGAUUCAUUAAAUAAUUCACACUAGAAAUAACUGAACUUUGCUCAUUAGAUAUUUAUUCUUAUUUAUUCAAUAUUUGUUUUUAUUUUUAUGAUCUGUAUUUAUUUGCUUGCUUAUAUAUUUGAGCGCAUGUGUUAAUGUGUCAAUAAUUCUUGUUGAACUCUCACCUAUAAAGCGUUAUUCAGCAUGCAUGAUAGCACAACAGAACAAAUGAAGAGGUAAAUUCGUAAAACCAUACAGAUAUAAAUAGAGAAUGGAGAGUAGAAAUAAUGGAUAAGUGAAGAGCUAUUAAGACUUAAGACUACUUACACCAACUUUACAUAGAGUAUAAUGGUGGGCAGGAUUGUGUGUGUGUCUGUUGGGGUGGGGGGGGGGGGGGGGGAUUGAAAAUGCCAGCUUAUUAGUUAUGUGACAAACACCUGGUGUUUCAGAAUGUUUUAGUGCAAUGUCAUGAGGAUAUUGACCUUUUUGGUUAAAGAACAAACAAACUGUAUAAUGCAUCUUCCUAAAUGUAUUACCUAGUAUGUUGUACUGCCAAAGUUUAUAUUAAUGUUGGUAAUAAUUGUUCAAAUAAAUA